CUUGUACGUGUAGCCGCCACACUAAAUCCGACAUGAGAGCUCCGAUUGGGUGCAGUAGUAUCCAUACGUCUAUAUAAUACACCCUCAGCCUCAUCACCUGAAGAACAUUGCUAACAAUCCUUUCAGAGAAUAUUCUCUUCGUCGACGAUCAAAAUGAGUCGUUACGUCAUCUGUUUACUUGCUUUCUCGAUCAUCGCAGUAGUCCAUGGCCGUGAAUUGGCUGAUGAUCUUCUCAGGUUGCCGUCGGAAAAGCUUGAUUUCUUCGACGCUGGAAAGGACGACUCCGUUGGUACCAGAUGGGCCGUCUUGCUUGCCGGAUCUAAUGGUUACUGGAACUACAGGCAUCAGGCAGAUGUAUGUCAUGCAUAUCAAAUCUUGAGAAACGGUGGCGUGAAGGAAGAAAACAUUGUUGUUUUCAUGUAUGAUGACAUUGCAUAUAAUAGAGAGAAUCCCAGACAAGGUGUCAUAAUCAACAGCCCAGAUGGUGAUGACGUUUAUCAUGGAGUACCCAAGGAUUACACUGGGAAAGAUGUUAAUGUUGACAACUUUUUUGCUGUUUUACUCGGUGAUAAAUCCAAAGUCAAAGGUGGAAGUGGAAAGGUUGUAGAUAGCAGCCCAAAUGAUCGCAUUUUUGUUUACUACACCGAUCAUGGUGGUCCUGGUGUUCUUGGGAUGCCAACAAAUCCUUACAUGUAUGCAAAUGAUCUUAAUGAGGUCUUGAAACAAAAGCAUGCUUCUGGAACAUACAAAAGCUUGGUGUUUUACCUUGAAGCUUGUGAGGCUGGAAGUAUAUUCGAGGGUCUUCUUCCACAAGGUUUAAAUAUCUAUGCAACCACAGCCUCUGGCCCUGAUGAAAGCAGCUGGGGUACCUACUGUCCUGGGGAGUACCCUAGCCCACCUCUAGAGUAUGACACGUGUCUUGGUGACUUGUACAGUGUUGCCUGGAUGGAAGAUUGUGAUGUACACAAUCUGCGAACAGAAACUAUCAGACAGCAAUAUAAAUUGGUUAAAGAUAGAACAUCAAGUGACAACUCUUAUUAUGGAUCCCAUGUGAUGCAAUAUGGUGACUUACCACUUAGCAAAGAUAGCCUCUACUUAUAUAUGGGCACCAAUCCAGCAAAUGAAAACUUCACUUUUACUGAAGAAAACUCGAUAUAUAAAUCACCUAAAUCUGUCAACCAGCGUGAUGCUGAUCUUUUACAUUUCUGGCAUAAGUUCCGGAAGGCUCCGGAAGGUUCCGAAAGGAAAAUGGAAGCUCAGAGAAAGUUCACUGAAGCCAUGUCACACAGAAUACACUUAGACACCAGUGUACAACUCAUCGCCAAGGUUUUGUUUGGACUAGAAAAGGGUCCGCAGGUGUUGAACACCAUCCGAUCCUCCGGAACACCUCUAGUUGAUGACUGGACCUGCCUUAAAACAUUCGUAAGGACAUUUGAGACACAUUGUGGGUCCCUAUCACAGUAUGGAAUGAAACACAUGAGGUCAUUUGCUAAUUUAUGUAAUGCUGGAAUCACAAAUCAACAGAUGGUUGAUGCAUCAUCACAAGUAUGCACUACAUUCCCAUCAAACCCUUGGAGUUCACUAACCAACGGUUUUACUGCAUAAGGUGGUUGAUUUUAUCAAAAAAAUCAAAAGGGGAUGGGCUAUUAAUCUAUUAUGAUUAUGUUUGUUGAAAUAUAUAUAUGGUAGUAUAUUAGUGGUAUUAACAAUAUAUAUAGAUAUAGCUUCUUUGUAUAUAGAGAUUGAAGCUUCUCAUUAUAGUUAAUUAGGUCCACCACCACGAAAAGUUGUUAUAUGUUAUAUGUUAUAUGUUAUAUGUAUGUAAUGGUGUAAUCUUUGAUAUGCAAAUCAUGUAUGCAUGGUCUACAUGAUGUUGGAAAAAGUUGAAUUGCUCAAAUAUUGUAUGC